AAACAUGCAACAUGGCAGCAGCCAUGGAAACUGAACAGCCAGGCCUCGAAGUCUUUGAACCACGGGGCUGUGAGGAGCAGGUGCAGAGAGAGGAGCAGCCAAAACCAGAACCUUUCUAUGUAGAGAGACAUUCCUGGAGCCAGCUUCGGAAACUGCUCACAGAUACACGAAAGUAUCAUGGGUAUAUGAUGGCAAAAGCCCCGCAUGACUUCACGUUUGUUAAGAAAAAUGAUCCUGAAGGACCUCAUUCUGAUAGGAUUUACUAUCUGGCAAUGUCUGGGGAGAAUAGAGAGAACACACUCUUCUACUCUGAAAUUCCGAAAACUGUGAACAAAGCUGCUGUCCUGUUGCUUUCCUGGAAGCCUCUCUUGGAUCUUUUUCCGGCUAUCCUGGACUAUGGUAUGUACUCUCGGGAAGAGGAGUUGCUUCGGGAGAGGAAGCGGAUUGGCACUGUUGGGAUUGCCUCCUAUGAUUACCACCGAGAGAGUGGCACCUUUCUGUUUCAGGCUGGGAGUGGAAUUUACCACGUAAAAGAUGGAGGCCCUCAUGGAUUCACUCAACAGCCUUUAAGACCCAUUCUGGUAGAGACCAGUUGUCCAAAUAUCCGGAUGGAUCCGAAGCUUUGUCCAGCUGAUCCAAAUUGGAUUGCCUUUAUCCAUAGCAAUGACAUCUGGAUAUCUAAUAUAGAAACCAGAGAAGAAAGGAGGCUAACAUUUGUGCACAAUGAACUUGCCAAUGUUGAGGAAGAUCCAAAGUCUGCUGGUGUGGCUACUUUUGUGCUGCAGGAGGAGUUUGACAGAUACACUGGCUAUUGGUGGAGUCCAAAGGCAGAGCCAACACUGAAUGGGGGUAAAGUUCUUCGAAUUCUUUAUGAAGAAAACGAUGAGUCAGAGGUGGAAAUCAUUCAUGUCACAUCGCCCAUGUUGGAGACAAGAAGAACAGAUUCCUUCCGGUACCCCAAAACUGGUACAGCAAAUCCAAAGGUCACUUUCAAGAUUUCUGAAGUGGUGAUCAAUGAAGAGGGAAGAAUUGCAGAUGUUGUGGAUAAAGAGCUGGUUCAGCCGUUCGAGAUCCUCUUUGAAGGAGUAGAGUACAUUGCUAGAGCUGGGUGGACGCCAGAAGGAAAAUACGUUUGGUCCAUCUUACUGGAUCGUUCCCAGACUCGACUGCAGAUAGUCUUGAUUCCCCCUGCAUUAUUCAUCCCAGUAGAAGAUGAUGCAAUGGAAAGACAGAAACUUAUCGACGCUGUACCAGAUUCUGUUACACCUUUAAUUAUUUAUGAGGAAACAACAGACAUAUGGAUAAAUAUCCAUGAUAUCUUCUAUGUUUUCCCUCAAACCCACGAAGAUGAGAUAGAGUUCAUUUUUGCCUCCGAGUGUAAAACAGGAUUCAGACAUCUAUACAAAAUUGUCUCAAUUUUGAAGGAGAGCAAAUAUAAACGGUCAUCUGGAGGACUCCCUGCUCCAAGUGACUUCAAGUGCCCCAUCAAAGAGGAGAUUGCCAUUACCAGUGGGGAAUGGGAAGUGCUUGGCAGACAUGGGUCCAAUAUCUAUGUAGACGAAGCCAAAAAACUGGUGUAUUUUCAAGGCACGAAAGACUCUCCUUUAGAACAUCACUUGUAUGUUGUUAACUACAAGAAUCCUGGAGAAGUAAAACGACUGACAGAACGUGGUUAUUCUCAUGCCUGCUGUGUCAGCCAGGAUUGUGACAUGUUUAUCAGCAAGUACAGCAAUCAGAAGAACCCACACUGUGUGUCCCUUUAUCGUCUGACAGGACAUGAAGAUGAUGCAGCUCAAAGGACAAAGGAAUUCUGGGCUACAGUUUUAGAUUCAGCAGGCCCUCUUCCUGAUUACAUUCCCCCAGAAGUGUUCUCCUUUGAGAGCUCCACGGGGUUUACGCUCUAUGGGAUGAUGUACAAACCUCACAAUCUGCAACCUGGAAAGAAGUACCCUACUGUGAUCUUCAUCUAUGGAGGCCCUCAGGUGCAGCUAGUAAACAAUCGAUUUAAAGGACUCAAAUAUUUCCGAUUGAACACCUUGGCCUCUUUAGGCUACGUUGUUGUUGUUAUUGACAACAGGGGGUCCUGCCACCGAGGGCUGAAGUUUGAAGGAGCCUUUAAAUACAAAAUGGGACAAAUAGAAAUUGAUGACCAAGUGGAAGGGCUCCACUACUUGGCAUCCCAGUAUGACUUCAUUGAUUUGGAUCGUGUUGGUAUUCAUGGCUGGUCAUAUGGAGGCUACCUCUCUCUUAUGGCUUUAAUGCAGAGGUCAGAUAUCUUCAGGGUUGCCAUCGCCGGAGCGCCCGUCACGCUGUGGGUUUUCUAUGACACGGGUUACACGGAGCGCUACAUGGGCCACCCGGAGCACAACGAGCAGGGCUACUACCUGGGCUCAGUGGCCAUGCAAGCUGAGAAGUUUCCUUCUGAACCAAACCGUUUGCUGCUGCUACAUGGGUUCUUGGAUGAGAACGUUCACUUUGCACACACUAGUAUUUUGCUCAGCUUUUUAGUGAGAGCUGGGAAGCCAUACGACUUGCAGAUCUACCCUCAGGAGAGGCACAGUAUAAGGGUGCCUGAGUCGGGAGAGCACUAUGAACUCCACCUACUGUAUUACCUGCAAGAGAAUCUGGGCUCUCGCAUUGCUGCCCUGAAGGCAAUGUAACUGACCUCUGCAGAACUCUGCUCAGCUGGCUGCUGUACCGAAUGAGGAGAUAGGAAACUAGAGAAAAUAGAAUGGAACUUUGCAUUUUGGUGCCUGCCACAUGUUCACACACAUACAUACACAGAGAGACACUUUUUUAAAGUAAAUUUGGUGCCAUAUAGGGAAUUAAAGGACAAUGGCCUAAUAACCUUAAAGCUUAAGGUGUAAAUAAAAUCCAGUGUCUGUAGUGUAAUGCAGUACCUUGGGUGUUCUCUUGGGGGAGGAGCUCAACUGAAGAUAACAUACUUCCACAGCACCAGAUCUUCACGUUUUAAAAAGACUCUGGUCUAAUCAAUGUGUUUUUUACAGUGUGUUUCCUUGGUAUACCAUGACACUAGCAAGUUUACUCACUACGCAGCAGGAAUUUACCUGGAUGGUUACAGCGUGUACAUUACAUUUUGAAUGUCAUUGUAUAGCUUUUAUGCUUCCUAAACGGGAUGUGUCUCACUCCAGAAAAGCUGGUCACAAGUUAGACACAUUCCCUGUCUAGCUUCUGAUUGUUUUUUAUGGAGAAACACUUUUAAGCUGCCCUGAGAAGAUUUUAAAUUUUGGAUUCAGUUUAGCUGAUGCCAGAUUCUUUUCAAUAAUUGCUUCUCUUCUCAGGAUAAGUCCUACUGGUUUUCCUUCCAGCAGAUUGAUAUCCUAUCCUGACUGUACUUGAUUUCACAUGGGGAAGUGAAAUGUUUUACUGUGAUGUGAGCGUAACAGUCUUUUAUUCUGGGAUGCAAACUAAUUUAAGGCAAAUUGCUGAGACUUUGUAAAAUUUAGAAGAAGCUUAAAAGUGCAGCCCGUUCCUUGUUGACGUUCUUCCCUGAUGUUCAUUCUGGAGCUGUUUUUGCAAUACUGUUUUCUUACUGUCACAUCAGCAUGAUGUAGAUACAUGCAUCCUGUUACAGUUCUAAGAUUCAACGCUCUGAUUCAAGAGUCUGCAGAGGAUUUGGUGAGGAGAGCCCUUAGGAACACUAUACAUCAGGCAGUGUGAGCUGCUUCAUUGGAUUUCCUGAUAUAUUCAAGGCACUGUUUCCCAGGCUCUGCUCAGUCCUCUGGUCCCAGGUCAUUUCCAGCACUGCUGCAUAGCAUGACUACGAUGCUGUGUUUGAGAACUCCCUUCUGCACAGCUUAAGCAGCCAAGCACUUUAAGACCCCAUGCUCUCUUAUCCUGCAGAAGUGCUGGGAGGAUUUAUCAGCAGAGCUUUGCAGUUCUGGUCAGAGAUGCCUCGUGUGAGCUUUGAGACUGAGGUAGGGAGGUGCCGAGGGCUCUCAGAGCACAGAUGGGUGCCUGGGGGCCGGAUACAGCAGUGUGCUCUGUGCCCAGCAGGCACCUGCACUGAGCAGGAGGGAGAUGCAGCCUUCAUUGCACAGGGGGUAUUGGCUUCUUCCCAGCAGUUGCACCGAUGUCUUCUGAGAUGAAUGUUUUAAUGUCUUGUACUUAAAAGAAUACGUGAAACCUGGGGAUUUGAGCCGUGAUGCUGAAGUUGAAUGGUGAUGCCAGCAGUGGUGGUGGCUGGGAUUUGUUGAGGUUGUUUCUGUGGGAGCACAGUCUCUGUCCCUUCUUAUGGCAGCUUUCAGGAUUUUUUUCCAAAUGGGGUUUCACCCUUCACACAGGAAUUGCACUUCCUACCAAGUCCCUUUGUUUCCAGUGGUCUUUUAUUCAGAACAAAAUAUCAUUGGUAAUUAACCAGAGCUGCUUAAUUUUUGUAAGCUCUCUUAACUUCAAAAUGUUCGUUAAUGAAAUAAUGAAUUCAAACCUCAUGUAAAGCUUUGUAAAUCAAUUAGCUUCACUAUGUUGUAAUGAAAAUGCAUUCCCUAGUUAUUACUAGUUCUGUUUGGGGAACGAGAGAAAAAUACUUCGAGCAGAGAUAUGGGGUGCUGCUUCCUCCCCAAGCACAGCGUGUGCCACACACUGCAGAGAUUUCCCAGCUCUGACCAUGGGGUCCCAACACCACUCCCAUGGGAGGAGCACCGGGUUGUGCUCCUGCUGUUUUGUGCUGUUUUGCUGCUGGCAUGAUGUUCGGCUUCUGAUGAGGCAAUAAUAGAGUACAAGUGAAUGAAAUAAUGGCCCAGAUUAGGAUACUGCCUUGAAUUGCCUGUUUACUUGAGUACCAGAACCCUGCAAAGACUUCUGUGCACCCCUCACAGGUCUUUGGGACAGUCCAUUCAAAGAGAGCUCUUGGUGUGGUUUUUACUUAGAUGUUCUGCACAGACAAAGUUCAGGUUUUUAAUUUUAGAAGAAGUGCCUGCUGUUUGCAUUAACAGAGCUGCAUGUCUCACUCCAGUGGGUUUAUGGUCUCCCUCCCCCACCUUUCUAGCGACUUAGCUUUUAAUCGUGUAAAGUGGAGACAUUUGUUUUGCUGCUUUUUAUUACAAAACCUUUGUGGCAAUAAAGAUGCUGCUAAAUAAAUUGAAUUAAAUGGU